AUGAAGCUCGACUUUGCCUUCCUUACUUUCGCCCUGGCCUCCGUGCCCGCCGCCAACGCCUGGCGCGUCAGGUUCUACCAGCUCGAAGAUGGUAAAGGGCCCCAGUACACGAAUGCAGGACCCGGUGGCACCGGAUGGAGGUGCCAUCCCAAUGUUGGCAGUUUAGACGGCAAGGUCUCGUCCAUGCGGUACUGGUCGGACAACUCAGAGCACACCACCCGCUGCUGCAUUUACCUCUAUACUGGCCAGAACUGCGACGGUUCGCUGGAUAAGACGUUUGGCCACUUCUGCAGGAACCAGUACCUCAAUUUUCACGAAUGGGGCCUUGCAAACAAGAUCCGUUCAUACAAGACCAAUUGCUACGCGAUUGACCCUGAUUAUGCUAAGCGCAGCGCCGAUGGGGAUGAGCUGGAGCUCGACCCUGAGUUUGAUCCGGACUUUGAUCAGGAAUUCGAGUACGAUGAUGGCUAUGAAGUCGAGCCUGAAACCUCCUCCUAG